AUGGAGGCCGCCAUGAUCCCCUUGAUCAAGAAGCUCGGUGGCCUACUCGCCGGCGAGUACAACCUGGAGAAACGCGUGAGGAAGCGCGUCGAGUCUCUGAUCACCGAGUUGGAGAUGAUGCACGCCGUUCUACACAAGAUCGGCGCCAAGCCGCCGGAGCAGUUCGACGAGCAGGUCCUCAUCUGGGCGGGCAAAGUGAGGGACCUCUCCUACCAUAUGGAGGACGCCGUCGACGGUUUCCUCGUGCGCGUGGACGACAUCGACAACGACCGUGGCUCCACCAACAUGAAGAACACAGUCAAGAAGUUCCUCAAAAGGGCUACCAAAUUGUUUACCAAGGGUAAGGCUCUUCAUCAGAUUUCCAAUGACAUUGAAGAAGCUCAGCGGCUCUCCAAGGAGUUGGGUGAGCUGCGCCAAAAGUAUAUGAGUGACGCGGACACCAAAGGUAAUGGUGAUGCCAUUGACCCUCGCCUGAAGGCGGUGUACAAAGAUGUCACAGAGCUUGUUGGGAUAGAUCACAUAAGAGAUGAGCUGAUCAGGAAGCUGUGUGACGGCAAUGAGAGGUCCAAGGACCAAUUAAGGACCAUGUCUAUUGUUGGAUUUGGCGGACUGGGCAAGACAACUCUGGCCAAAGCUGUGUAUGACAAGAUCAAAGUGCAGUUUGAUAGUGUAGCUUUCGUUUCCGUGUCCCGGAAUCCUGACAUGACCAAGAUUUUCAAGAAGAUCUUAUAUGAACUUGACAAGAGCAAGUAUGCAACCAUCAACGAAGCUGCUAGGGACAAUGAACAACUCAUCGAUGAACUGAGAAUGUUUCUUCAGGACAAGAGGUACCUCAUUGUAAUCGAUGACAUAUGGGAUGAAAAAGCAUGGGAACUUAUUAAGUGUGCUUUUACUGACAACUGCCUCGGUAGUCGAGUGAUGACUACCACCCGCAUAGGCAGUAUCUCUAAAGUAUGUUGCUCUUCUGGUGAUGAUAUAAUAUAUCAGAUGAAACCACUUCCUGAUGAUGAAUCCGAAAGAUUGUUCUACAAAAGAAUAUUUCCUCAAGGAAGUAAGUGUCCUGAUGAAUUGGAGGAGGUAUCUAGGAAAAUCUUAAAGAAAUGUGGUGGAGUACCACUAGCCAUCAUCACUAUUGCUAGUAUUUUAGCUAGUAAUGGUCAAGAUCAGCACAUAAAGCCAAAGUAUCAUUGGGACAACAUACUUGGCUCUAUAGGUCGUGGACUUGCAGAAGGUGAUAGUGCAAAGGACAUGCAGAGAAUAUUGUCCUUUAGUUAUUACGAUUUACCUUCCCAUUUGAAGACUUGUUUAUUAUAUCUCAGUAUAUUUCCAGAGGAUUUUGAGAUAAGGAGAGACCGGCUGAUAUGGAUGUGGAUAGCCGAAGGCUUUGUGCAAGGUGGAGAACAAGAAACUGGACUAUUUGAGCUUGGAGAGAGUUACUUCAAUGAGCUCGCAAAUAGAAACUUGAUUCAACCAGUACAUUUUGAUGCUACCGGCAAGGCUCAAGCUUGUCGCGUGCAUGAUAUGGUGCUUGAUCUGUUAUGUUCCCUGUCUAGUGAACAAAACUUUGCUACAAUAUUAGAUGGUACACAACAAAGCAAAUCUAUUUCACAUAGCAAGAGUCGCAGAUUAUCUUUUCAAAAUAGCAUGUCAGAGCCCACCACCAAUCUGGUCGAUGCCACAAGUAUGCCACAAGUGAGGUCUGUUGUUCUUUUUAGAACAAAUAUUGAUCUAAUCAGAACUAUUUCAUGCUUUCAAGUUUUACGUGUAUUGGAUUUAGAAGGUUGUGAUCUUGGGAGAAAUGGCCAUGAUGUUGAUCUCAGGUAUAUUGACAAUUUAUUACACCUAAGGUAUCUAGGGCUCAGAAGCACUUUUGUUCGUGAGCUCCCUGUGGAAGUAGGAAAUCUACAGUUUUUGGAGACACUCGACUUAGCAAAAAAUGGAUCAGGUAUACGAGUGAUUCCGCCAAGUGCUGUCCGUCUAAAACGUUUGAUAUUCCUAGAUGCACAAGAUGCGGUGUUACCCGUUGGCAUCGGGAACCUGACGUCCUUAGAAGAGCUGACUGGAAAAUUGGUGGAUGUGAAAGAGCUAGGGCAACUGGUCAAGCUGAGAGUGCUCUAUCUUUAUUGGAAUGGGAAGAAUGAGAGCAUGUGUAAUUCUUUGGUGGUGUCCUUGGGCAAGCUGCAGAAAAUGCAGCGUCUAAAAAUUUUCGGUUGUGUAUGGUGUGCAAGGUCUGAUGUCAGUUGGGAUGGUUGGGUGCCCACCCCACAGCUUCGGUACCUUUGGUUUAGUGGAUGCACCACCAAAUUGCCUAGGUGGGUUAAUUCAUCAUUGUUUCCCCUCCUCUCCUUCAUAAAUAUCGAUGUGGAGAGAGUUCAGCCUAAAGUCGACAUUCAGAUCCUCGGGAUGUUUCCCGCUCUUCGUGUUCUCCAGCUUUGGGCCAACACAUCUUGGUACACCCGUGUUGAAAUGUUUGUUGUUAGCGCUAACGCAUUCCCAUGUUUGAGAGAGUGCAUCUUCUCUGGUUUUCUCACGGUGCCAUCUAUGUUUUCACGAGGAGCUAUGCCACAGCUUGAAAUCCUGUGGUUCGAUGCCCCAGCGUCGGACAUUGCCAGUGGUGAGCUGGAUGUCGGCAUGGGGCACCUCCCUUCCCUCCGGAAAGUCAAGGUUUACUUUUGGCGUGAGGAAGGCAGCUCUUCGGAUAAGUGCAAGGAGGAAGCGGAUGUAGUGCUGAGGCAUGCAGCGGACAUCCAUCCCAACCGUCCCACCCUUGAGACCUAUCCAUAUCGUCUCUAA